UUUCUUUCCUUUUUUUUCUUUAAAACUUUUUUGCUUGAUAUUAUUAUUUUUUUGUUUUCUUGAAAAUUAGGGCCGGUUGGGCCCGUAGAACAACUAAUUAAAUUGGAGUCGCCUAAAAGAAAAAAAGCCUACCACUGCCAUAUCCUAUUUUUAAUUCUUUUUAUAAAUUUAGUGAAAAAAUAAUGUAUGGUUAAUAUAUUAUGACCAUGGAUAUUGUUCCAGCUGGGUUGUUUCCAGAACACUUGCUGGUUGAAAUAGGUGCAUUGUUGUCACCAGAUAACCCUUUGAACCGUGAUGUGCGUGAUUUAGCAGGAAUAUUGGAUUUUAGUAACGAAGAAAUUCAUUAUAUUUGCACAAAAGAUUUUCCAUUUAAGUACAUGUUGGACCAAUGGUGUAAACGUGUUGGUGAUGAAGCCACAAUGGAGAAUUUAAAAGUAGCUCUUCAAGAGCUGAAACGUCCAGAUGCAGUGGAGGUUGUGGAAGACGCUAAAAAAGAAGUGCAAAACAAAAAUUUCUCUCAACUUCAUAAGCUUAUUAAUGAGCAAAACUGUCGAUUGGAUAAAGAUACUGGAUUUGUAAAUUUGAGAGAGGAAAAGCAAGGGAAUGGAACUGUUAUAAACAACGGUGAUAUUUUAAGCAGUGGUGAUAAUAACGAAAUAAAUGCAUUACAAAGUGAAAAUCCACCAAAAGUAUUUAUUGUGUAUUUUCCAGAAAGUGAGGAACAUAUGGAUAAUAUUAGAGAACUAACAGCAUAUCUUCGUAGUAUGGCUAUUGAUGCAAGAGCUGACAUAUUUGAAACAUUAGAAAGUCAUAACAAACAAUUGUACAUAUUGAAUAGCGUAGAAAAAUCAGAUUUUGUUUUAGUUAUGUGCAGUACUACUUUGAAACACAGUGAAAAACUGAUUAAUAAAAAAAACACCUCCAAGUUAUCUGACAAAAUCAAAGAACUCCUGUUUGUGAUGAAUUUGGUAAUAAGUGACAUAUAUCGAAAAAAAAGUAAAAGUUGUAAAUACAUUCCAGUGUUGCUACCUAAUUGUAAAGAUUCUGACGUGCUUCGUACUUUGAUUGCUCCAAAAAGAUACAGAAUUCCAAAUGAUUAUGAUAGUCUAGUUCGGAGAUUAUUUAAAAUCGAAACUUAUAUGUUACCUCAGGUCACAGGUAAAACUAAAAAAACUUUUCUUCCAAGGUUGUUUCAACAUUAAGAGCAUUAUUAUUUGGUUACAUAUGUACGUGGAUUGGUUAUAAACAAGGUUGUCACAUUUGGGAAACCCUUGGUUAUUCAGAAUUGUUUAAUCACUUAUCCCUGUGAAUGGCAUUUGGAAGCCUUAGAAAAGCAAUAAUCAUAUUGUUAAAUAUAUAUAUUUCAGUUAUGGUGCUAUUGACUUAACAAUGGCACUUACGCAAAUAAUUCAUUUCCUGUACAGAAUACUGUAUGCCUGAUUAUUAACUCUUUUUAGACAACAAGGCAAAUUAUUUUGUACAUAAAGUUUACAUUUAAUUCCUUUUAUUUUUGUUCGUACAUAAUGUAUAUGCAAUGAAACCAGUGAUUUAUUGAUACAUUGAAUUUAAGUUUUUAAUUAUUUUUUUUUUAAUUAUUAAUUUAUAUAUAUAAAAUUGAUUUAUUUUGAAACAUGCAGAUAGCCUAAUUAUAUCAUGCAUCAGUUUGAAGUAAUAAAUUACAUGGUACAAUCGAACUGUAACUUUAUUUUACAAGGUUUAAUAUAAAAUUUAUAUUCCCAAAAAAACUUUUUGCUCUUUUUUUUGUCUUGAUAUCUUUGUAUUCAUAUUUAUACCACAUAAAAAGAAUUGUGGAUUUAUUUCCCUUCUCUGGUUUGGAAAAUGUCAUGUGAUACUUUUAAACCAAUCACAAGUCAGUGCUUUUCAGGGUAGCUAUUGUUGUUUAAAUGAAAACUUGCUCUUUACCCAUAAUACUUGUUUAAUUAUUCGUAACAAGGCUGAAUUUUUGCUUUUUAACUUUCGACUUUAUAUGUUGCAUAGUUUUGGUGAAUUUUUAUUAAUUUCUAUUUAUUUUUUAAUGAUACUUGUUUAAUUAAAACUGCAAUGAGUGUUUGACUCCAUGUUUGUCACCCUCAAACGAAUGUGCUACCACGUAAUAUUCUGACCAGUAGAAUACCUUUUUUUUGUUGUAUUUUGGUUAUAUAGCUGUUACUUACUUUUAUUACUAUUUAACUUAUUGCAGGCAGUAUUGUAAGUCAAAUAAAAAAUAAGUUGUUUUUAUUUUGUAUCUAUUUUUCUAUUAUUUUUCUCCAAUAAAGAGGGAAUGGAAAUAAGGAGGC